AUGGCAACCAUAAAGCCAUUGCCUCCCCUUCACCAAGAAAAUUCUCCACAUGUUUUCAAGACCAACAGAAAUUACAGCCGUUUUACAAAAUCUAAGCACAGUCGAGGAAGGCAGAUUAGUUGCGGAAAGAAAAUGGAAUUGACGCAUGAAAAAGACAUCGUGCGUCUGAUGGACGCGCUUAACAUCAAAACUGAGGAAACCCACAGCGCCAAAACUGCUACUUGCGUUUUCUUCGAAAACAACCAGCUUUCCAUGCAUGUCCGACGUAGAAAUUUAACAGAUGCACGGCAUGUGUUUGACAAAAUGCCCAAAAGAAACAAGGUGUCCUGGUCUGCAAUGAUUGCAGGAUAUGCAGAGAAUGGCUUUGGCGAAGAGGCUUUGGAAUUGUUUCGGGAAAUGAGAGAAGAAGGCAUGAAACCCAAUCAUAUUACUUUUGUGAGCGUUCUUCAGGCUUGCAGGGAGGUUGGGGAUUUGGAAGCGGGCAUGCAGAUCCAUGGUUGGAUCGUGAAGAAUGGAUUCCAGAGCAACAAAUAUCUGGUUACCACGCUUGUUGAUCUGUAUUGCGACUGUGGGACUUUGGAUGAUGCACGCCAUCUGUUUGACGAAAUAACUGAAAGAGAUGUCGUUUCCUGGACUGCCAUGAUUGCAAGGUAUUCGCAGCAGGGUCAUGGGGAGGAAGCUUUGAGAUUGUUUAAUGAAAUGCGGCAGACGGAUGUGAUGGCCAAUUAUUUUACAGUUCCAUGUGUUCUUAAAGCAUGCAGUAGUUUGAGGGAUAUCCAACAAGGUCAAGGGCUUCAUGCUUAUGCUAUUAAAAUUGGCGUGGAGUGCGAUAUGUUUGUGGGAAGUGCUCUUGUUGAUAUGUAUGAAAAGUGUGGGAGUUUGGCAGAUGCACGCAGAGUAUUUAAUCAGAUUCCUCAGAGAGAUGAGAUCCUUUGGAACACCAUGAUUAUAGGAUGCUUACACUGGGGGCGGAGUGAGCAAGCACUUGUACUCUUAAGUCUUAUGCACCUGGCAGGUGUGGAGCCUGAACAAUUCAUCAUAAAUGGUGUUAUGAGUGCAUGCGGAAGCGAGGAGUUCAACAAGAUUAAGAUGAAGAUGGAAAUGCAGAUGAAUCUUGAUUGA